CGCGAGGGACUGCACGGUCUUGAUCGUCUCACUGUUCUCGAUUGUUAGUGUUUCCGUUAUUCUGGUUACUAAAACAAAAUGAGUAGAAUACCUACGACGCCGCAAGGUGACGACUACAUCAAAAGGCAUGGAUUGGACGGUCUUUUUAACGACUUGAUGAAUCGUUUACUGCAAGACAGACCAAUGGAACCCAUUUCAUAUCUUAUUAAAACACUCACUGAUAUCACAGAAAAAUGCAAAAAUCCUAUGCCUGUUGUGCAAGAUGUCUUUAGUAUGCAAGAGGGAACUAGUGGGUCCACAAAGGAGUAUGAUACAGGGUCUGGUAUAUCCUCAAGAUCAGCAUCCCACCAGUCUGUUGCCAUGCCAGCCAAUUACUCUUUCACAAAUGAUGUAGGAACUAAAAGAAUGAGAACUGAAACUGAAUCGCCGUCCUUGAAAGCAACUACUUCGAAACGCAUUUCUUACUAUACAAAACUUGCGCAGGCAUGGAACAUUCAAUUAGAUUGGGCCCAGCUUAGAAUACCAAAGUUAAUGAACUUUAUACAGAUCUAUUCCAAUAUGUUUGGUUGUCCAGAUGAGUACUUUCUAAUCCCGUUGUUGUCAAUUGUCGCUUCAUUGAUGGGAAAUAACGCUGAAUGCAAAGUGACGCAGGUGUGGAAAGAGCCAUGCGUCCUAUGGAUGGCAGUCGCUGCGAGAAAGGGUGAAGAGAGCUCAUUAAUUUAUAGGAAGUUUCUUGAGGAAUUAAAAAUCACUGAACAUAAAAUCCAGCCACAUCCGCAACAGAAGCUUUUGGACUUUCAUCGUUUUGAUACCAGGAAACUUUACUCGCCUAUAAAUUCACUGUCGCAUGUAUAUCAUCAUUUGUCUACAAAUCAUAACCAACUGUUAGCAGUCUCGGAGGAGCUUGGUUUCCUUUAUGAUUUCCUCGCUGCUAAGAAUCCCCAAGAGAAGAAGAUGUUUACCAGUUUGUUUCACGGAGAUAACAGCUGUGUGGUUGCCAUGGAGAAUCAGGAAACCCCUGAAAGCAAAACAUCUCUGAACUUGAUGGGAUUCAUGGAGCCGCAGGUUUUAGUGAAGCAGCUUAGUGUCAACAGUAUUGAUGACUUAUCUGCUAGUCUUCUCAUCUCCUGCCCACCGGAAAGAGAUAUUCUACUUGAGGACUUGAAUCAUGCCACGCCUGAUUUAUCAUUUCAUGAGGUUUUCUGGCUGAUUCACAAGGUGCAUUCCAAGGAACACAUCAUGUACGAGUUCAAUGAGGACAGUAUGACUAUUGCAAGAUCCUACCUUAAUUCGCUAACGAUUCGCAAACGAGAAGUGAACUUUGAUGAGAAUAGGCGGCUGAUUCUCUGUAAGGCACGAAGCCAGUUUGUUCGGCUCUGUAUGGUGCUACAGUGUGUAAACAAUGCCGUGGGUGCCGCUUACAACAUGAAGCAUGUGCUGCAGUUAACGUCACUGUGCGAUACAGAUGAUCAAAGUUGGCAUUCAUCAACAAUAAGUUCUGAUGUCGCGACAGCCGCUGCGUACCUUUCAGAGUGUUUCCUACUACAGAAGUUAGCGUUAAUGCCAGAAGAAAUGAAGCUCAACAUUAAUCUACAGCAGGUAACAGACAACACCCCACAACCUCGUGUCCCCACACUGAAACAAGAUGUCACAGAUGAAAAUGACGUGUCCUUGUCAUAUUGUCGAAGCCGCUCCAAUUAUGCAUCGCUUGAUCCAGAUGAGCUUGAAGAAUACUACGAAAGCCAGUACCCCAAAUUUCCAGAAAACUGUGAGAACAACAUCCGAAGUUUUUUAGCGUUUGACGGUGAAUUCGUACACUCCAGUAAAGUGAUGCAAGUUCAUCUGAUGCCUCCAUUCCAUACACCAGGUCCUGGUAAGAAUAGGUAUGCGGCACCAGCAGCCAAGUUCUUCAUGCGCAAGAUGGCCAAUCUUGGAGUUGGUAAACUGUUCAGAAAGGGUAACAAAGGAGGAUUGAUAUUCAUGAAGACGAAAUGGGAAGAUUUGGAUGAGAACGCUAGAGGUCUUGUGGAACGAUGCGGUGUCAGCGAGUUGGAGUAUAAAGUUGGGAAACGAUCUAGAGUUUCCAAUGCUGGGAACGGAGACCUGAUGGCAGCGUCAUUGACAGUUGUUGUUGAUGAUGAUUCUUUGCCACCAGUUAACUUGUUAGAACAACACAAUGAAGGUGUUUCAAUGGCAGACAACCAAGAAUAUAGACUUGUUCAGUAA